GAAAUAAAUAGUGAUACGGUAAUGCAAUGGAAAGUGCCCAAUGUCGUCGACUGGGCAAGAAAUAACAAACUAAAUCAAGAUGUAAUCAAUCUUAUUGUGUUGGAAGAAAUCGAUGGUCCUGUCCUAUUGAGUUUGAGUGAAGAAGAUGUCCGGGAUUUUCGUUAUCGUUUAAAUUACAAGUUUCGUUUUGGCGAACUAAAGAAAAUGUGGUUUAAAAUUUAUCAACUACAGCAAAUUUGUCAUUACAAUAAUUACUCAUAUGGCGGUGGUGGCAUAGCAUCGGGCACGGCAACAGCGACAACGACGCAUAUUCAUCACAAUAAUCAACACCAUCAGCACUUAAGUGGUGCAACAAAGUCGGGAAAUUUAAGAAAUAAUCUUCGACUGGAUGGUUCACCUUCACAUCAACAACAUCAUCAUAAUCAUAGGAAUGCGGGAGUUACAACAUUGAAUGCUCCAGCUCCACCACCUCCAUUUAUGUUAGCUGGUGGCGGUAGUAUUGGAUGUAGUUCCCUAUAUCAUCAUCAUGGUUGUAAUGGUCGAACUAAUUGUAACAUUCCCUGCAGUGCUGCUUUAUGCGAUACAUUCAAUGAUUGUGAUAGUUGUGCACCGGAGGUGUCAUCAGUGUCGGAAGGUUGUUCGGCCAACAUUCCACCUGAAUUUUUCAAAACGGCUAUUAGUUUAGGUUACUCAUUCCUUGUCACAUGGAUAACAUCAUUUGUAAUGGUCAUUGUACACGAACGGGUGCCAGAUAUGAAAAAAUAUCCACCCUUACCGGACAUCUUUCUCGAUAAUGUUCCGCAUAUACCGUGGGCUUUUCAUAUGUGCGAAAUAACCGGUACUCUACUCUUUAGCAUUUGGGCCUGUGUAUGCAUUUUUCACAAGUGUCGUAUGGUUAUCUUGAGGCGUUUCUUUGCACUGGCUGGGACAGUGUUUCUUUUGCGAUGUGUUACAAUGUUGAUAACGUCGUUAAGUGUACCCGGUACACAUUUGCAAUGUAAUCAAAAUGAUUAUGCUAUUGACGAUACAGCGCUAACAUUAUCGGAAGCCCUUUCAUUGCGCAUAUCAAGAGCCUAUACUAUUUGGAGCGGUUUGGGUAUGUCAAUACAAGGUGUUCGCACCUGUGGUGACUAUAUGUUUAGUGGACACACGGUGGCACUGACAUUGCUCAAUUUUUUUAUAACGGAAUACACACCACGCAACUUAUAUUUCUUACACACCCUUAGCUGGCUACUAAAUAUGUUUGGCAUCUUCUUUAUUUUGGCUGCCCAUGAACAUUAUUCCAUAGAUGUAUUCGUGGCCUUCUAUAUAACAUCGCGUCUAUUUCUCUACUAUCACACUUUGGCCAAUAAUCAAGCUCUAAUGCAACGUGAUUCGAAUCGUACUCGGAUUUGGUUUCCAAUGUUUAGCUAUUUUGAAAGUUCCGUUGACGGAAUAAUACCGAAUGAAUUCGAUUCGUGUUCAGAGAUAAUGGAUAAACUGCUGCACUUGCUAAUCGAGAUUAAGGAUAACGUAAUGCUGACAACACAUCGAUUGUGGGUAGAAACGCCAUAUUUAAAUAUCUCAUCGAGAAAUGUACUGUUUGUACCGAAAAUAAUGUUAACAACCAAACAACGUAAUGCUGCAACAUCGACAACAAUAACGGCAUCGAAUACACCGACAGCAAUGCCUUCCUCGCCAAAAGUAACCGAAUUUUGGCAGAAACCCUAUGAGGAUGAGAAUGAAACGGUAAAUAAACGUCCACAAAAUCCGGCAACAACAACUAAUGAUGGUAGAAUGAAGAAAUUGCCAUCGUCGGAGUUGCCGCUAACUAAAAAUCCAAAUGAACAACAAAAACAAACUCCUCUAACGAAUAAUAACAAUAAUAAUAGACAAAAUGAUGGUGGCAAAACCCUAAAAAUAUCGUAA